AAGCUGAAAAUCAUCUAAACCAAUGUGAAGUGACGCCUAUACGAGUGUGAGCGCAUCCCGGUGAGAAGAAGUGAAGGCGCGCGCGCGGACACCACCGGCAUCUCCAGCAUCCUGACCGUGAAGUCGGAGCUCGCGCUGGCUCCUGUUGCCACAGCAACCACUGAGGAGAAAUCUGUGCGGCUUCUGGUGCUGUAGACUAACCGCAAUGAGGGGGAUGUAGCGGUUGUGUUCGGACAGAUGGGACCUCGAGAUCGACUGUGACUCAACACAGCGACAUUCACAAAGACAUUAGAAGAGAAAAUGUGGCGGUGAUGGACGCGUUUCUAUCGGAGGGAAGAGGCUGGAUGUGUCCGUUUUCGGGCGGCUGUUGAGAACCGACGACCAGAACUUGAGGAUCUGCACUGCUGAAUUCAGAAUAAUCUCACAGCAUUCAGGACGUUCUCUUCAUUCCUGAAUCAAUUAUGGAUAAGGACCCAAAAACAGACGCUUUGUCCGGACUCUUGAUAUCAGAAGAGUUGCCAUCCAAUCUGCUGUGAUGGAAUGUAUUUGGACCUCUCCACUGUCCACCACCUUCAUUUAUUUUCUGUCUCUUCACUUCUGCCUUUCAUCGAGUCAGUCUGGACAAGGCACCAAAGUUCAUUUACGCAUCGAGCGUGGACAUCACACAGAAACACACAUUUAGCAUGCACUGACUUUGUAAAAAAACACAAAAUAAUUUCACGAAUAUUGAAUAUUGAACGUCUCAAUGUUGCAGAAGUAUGUUUGUUAAACUUCUCUUGUAGAUGUGUGUGGUCCGAUCAGCAUUAUGUGAUGCAAGCUUUUCUUUCUAAAUGAAUUUACUCAAGUCUGUUUAGCAAAAACCAAGAGGCAGGGAGGACAUUCCUCAAGUGGUGUUUCCACAGGCUUCCCCGACCCAAACAUCUGCACCAGCUCUCUACGUCUCUCAGGAUGAGUCAGAAGUCAGACCCGGAGGCCGAGGGCUCCCAGGCGCCCGUGCUCUACACGCUGGAGGAACUGGAAUGCAAGAUCUGCUACAACCGCUACGACACGCGCGCCCGCAAACCUAAAGUGUUAAGCUGCCUGCACCGCGUAUGCGCAAAGUGUCUGAAGAAGAUGGUGGAGCUGGACUCCUCUCCCAGCAUCAUCAGCUGCCCCUUCUGUCGCCAAGAGACGCUCGUCCCCGACGAGGAGAUCUGGCUGCUUCAAGACGACAGCAACAUCCUGGCCAUUCUUACGUAUCAGGACCGGGCGCGUAAGGGCGGCACCACGCCCAGCGGGGAGGUCCUCCUGACGCCCAACAGCCUCAGCGGAGGAGAGCAAGCGCACAGCUCGUCCGACUGCCUCGUCAUCACCAUCAUGGAAGUCCCCGGGGAGUCUCGGUCCUCGGAGUCCAUGAGCAUGCUGAACAUGGUGCGCUUGUAUCGGCCGGCCAGUCUGGACUCCUUGCCUUGCCACCUACCCGUGCAGAAGUGCUGGGCGUGGACGUCCCGCUCCAUCCCGCGCUUCCUGAUGGGUGUCCUCUGUUUGGUGUACUUCAGCUCUCUGCCGCUGGGGAUCUACUUGCUGAUGAUCCAGCAGCUCACGAUGGGAGUGAUCCUGGUCAGCCUGGUGCCCUCCACUCUGGUCCUCUGUGUAUUCUACGGCUUUUGCCAAUGUCUGUGCCACGAGAUCAUGGAGGCCAUCGCCACAUGACAGCUUCACCCCCAGACAAAUGUCAAUCAGCAAGAAAGACAAUUUCGGAUCCAGGUGAACCUCGUCCCUUAUUCAGUUUGACCAGAGAACCUGUCAAUCACUUGAGCUUCGUUCCCAGUUUGAGCCGGAGGUAUUGAUCCGCGUCAGAUGUCUGUGGUUUUGUAUCGUGUCUUAAACAACUAUGAUAUAAAUAGCACGUAACAGAGAAUGACUUCCCAUUGUUCCGUCAUAAAUCCACAGCGUGCGUUCAGUGCUAGUAGAUCCUUUCUUCUCUGUUUUCUGUUGCCGAUAUCCCUGGAAUAAUUUCAAGCAUUGUCUCAAUGUAAACCUUGAAGUUUCUAGUUGCCUUUGUAAGGCGUGUCAAUGGCCAAGCUGUAACCUACGUGUACAAAAGUGAAUUUGUGUUUAUCAUUGCUAUGAAAAUGAACAAAUACUUUAAAGAAACCUGUUAAUAAUGAUCAAUAAAGAUGCGUCCAGAUUGAACAGAACCUGUGCCGCCCGUCAGGAAUAACACCUGCCAGAACAUGACAGGAAAGUUUGAAGAAAUGUCAAUGUCAUGUUUAUUUAUAUAGCACCAUUUAACUCAAACGAAGUUGACCAAUGUGCUGCACUCUUUAAACAGAUUUAAAAUGAAUAUAAAAAAUGUAAAACACAAUCAUCAGAAUCAUAAAGAGGGAAGUACAGUAGACUCAUCCAAACACAAUAUCAAGAGACAUAAUAAUAGAACUAAAGAGUCAAAUAUUAAAGUGACUGAAGGCAAGAAGAGAGCUUCAAACUAAGAAACGUUAACAGUCAUCUGUGGUGUCAUCUUGUUAUAGUAAAAAGUGUUGUUUCUGUCAGUCGCUUCCUUAUGCUUUUCUGACAGUUUUACUGUAGUUUUACAGCAGGUUUGCCAGUAACUACUGUAGAUUUAAUUUACAAUUUAGAUUUAAACGUAAACUUACAUUUUCUUUCAUAAACCAAGUCUAAAUAUAUUUGUGUCACUUUUCUUGUUAUGUACAUGUAUCAUAAUUUAAGACAUUUGUAAUAUUUUUACCAGAUUUUCUUUUUUUUUAAAUGCUUAGGAAGAAUGUCUUUUGUUGGCGUGUUGCUUUCCUAAUGGCAGUAAUGAGACCAGUCUCUUCAAGCUCAUUUUGAAUCUCAAAAGUCAGUGUUUCAAUUUGGAUUAAAUUAAAGUUUAACUCAAAUUAAACUUAGUUCUAGUAGGGAAAUAUUUAUUAGUCAAAUCUACAGUAAGUUACUGGCACCUGCUGCAAAACUACAUCAAUGUUUCACAGUGUACGUUGGUAAGAAUGUUAUAUUGGGUCCACAUUGCAAUUUUAGCUCAAAAUCUUCUUUACCGUUUACAGAAAUAAUGUCACUCACUAUCUUGGAUGGGCUGAAGUGAGAAAACAUACUUUUUCCCAAAGAACUAGCGCUUUAAUGCAUCUUACAUGUUGUUAAACUGAUUGUAAAUAUAAUGACUAUGGAAUUGUG